AUGGAGAUUAAGUUGGAUUAUGUCAGUAACUUAAUGGAAACUUACAAUGUAUCACCGUGGUUGAUGUCUUUUGGUUCUCUCCCGCACCCUUGCCAUAUUUUUUGUGUUGUUUUCAAAGGUUAUAAAAUUGCAGGCAUUGGCUUGGGAAGUCCAGCACUAGAUGUCACCCCCACUUCCCUUUAUGGUCAUUCAUCUGUCCAUGGUUCAAAGGACAAAGACUACACGGCAAAAUACAAGUUUGCUUUCAACAGUAAGUUCUGCUCUCAACCUACUUGUGUUCUCCAUGAAAUCACGAAUGCUUCACUUGGAUUAUGCAAGUGUGAGCAUGAAUAUUGGAAGACAGUGGAAAACGGUAUGUGGCACGCUGUCAUGUCAUCUUAUGAUGAUAGAUUUAUAGAUGUGAAGUUUAGAGGUGAUAUGUCUGGCUCUGUCACGGUUUCUGUUGAAGAAGAUUUUCAGCGAUGGCGACUUGUGUUUCUAGCUUUAGGAUUUGUUUUGUUGCUCUUUGCACCAAUUGUCAGCAAGUGGGUUCCUUUCUACUACAGCAGUUCAAUGGCUAUUGGCAUUAUUCUUGUCAUUAUGAUCAUUCUCUUUCAGUUACUUUGGCGUUCGCCCCUAAAUUCCUUAUGCCUUCAUUUCUUUUAA